UUAACGCGCUUCCCGCCGUUUAAUCGGCGGCUUGUGGUUUUAUUUUGACAGUUUACGAUGAGGGGGAGAAAAUCCCGCUCCGCUUCCUCAUCACCGCCACUGCGCGGCCGAGCCCCGGAACUCCGCUCAGAAAAUGGACGAUUUACAAACAUGUCGCUUUCACUCGCACCGAAAAUAAACUGUGAGGAAAAUCCCACUCGUUUCCCAUCAUAUUAGACUCCCGGCAUUUGUUCGGCUUUACAAUUGUAAACCUAACGUGUGUCAAUGUGGAGGUAACGUCAUGUUCAAUAAUGGAUGACCUGCCAGCAGCCGCCCUCUGCGGAAUCAUCGGAGACAAAUGAUCGAUGAUAAUAUCGAAGAAACGCGAAAUUCGAGUGGUUAUUUAAAGCCAGCAGGAGGCCGUUUGUUGUAUUUAACGCGUUCAGACUGCGGAUGGGCGGAAACCAAAAGGUUUAACGGUUAAACUCCGCCCGUCACGUUUGAAGAGCUCCAGGAUCACAGGGACUCGAAAAUCCACAGAAAUAUGAACGAGGUCCUCGGCUGCUCCUCUGACGCUCCUUCUCUGCUCCGCCCCUCACCUCAGGAUGGAGGACUCGGAGACAGAGCUGACGGUGGCGGAAACGGACGCCCUCGGCGCCGACUUCAUCACGGUGGAGUUGGACACGCAGCCCAUCGAGUACGUGGUGAAGUGGGCGGAGGUCGGCUCCAAGUUCACCAUCUCCUGCGUGAAGAAGGACUCAGAUGACCCGUCGGACUUGACCGCCGACCAGCUGAAGAUCGAGGCGGACGAGGCGUUCUUUGCGCCGUACGAGGAGGUGUAUCCCUGCGAGGUGACGGAGCAGAGCGUGGAGAUCAAGACGGAUUCCGACGACGAGGACGAGGACGGCGAGGAGGAGGAGCAAGAGGUGCUGGUGGAGGCGGGGAGUAGCCAGCUAGACGGCGAGGCAGACUCGGACCAGGCCGACUUUGAGCCGGACGAGCGACAGUACCGCUGCAGCUACUGCGGGAAGUGCUACAGCCACGCCUCCAGCCUGUACCGCCACCAGCAGACACACACCGGCAAGAGCGGCGGAGCUCCGCCCCCCACCAAGCGGGCUCUGGAACCUACUCAUCAGGAUGCACGCUACACCUGCCCCCACUGUGGCAUGAGCUUCAAAGGCAGCAGGAUGCUGGGCAGUCACCUGCGGCUGCACGGGAAGCGGCGAAUCCAUCCAUGUAACAUCUGCGGCAAAGAGUUCAACCACAGCUCCAGCCUGUCGCGCCACCGCCUCAUCCACAAGAAAGGGAAGGUUCUGGCCAAGGACGCCGGCCCUAGCGCCAACAUGGCCGCCCUGCGCCACUCACUAAAGCCCAGCGGCAAGAACAAGAAGGCGAAGAGGCAGCGGCAGCAGCAGCAGCAGCAGCAGCAGCAGCAACAACAGCAGCACCACGUGGCCACCGCUAUUAUCCAGAGCCCGGGCGGAGACAAGUUCUACGCCUGCCCGCAGUGCGACAUGAGCUUCAGGACGUCCACGCAGCUGUCGAAGCACCAGGUGACGCACGUCAAAGAGCUGCUGGACAACUACACGCCCGGGAAAGAGAACCUGGGUGAGACUUCGUCAGACCUCAAGAUCCGACUGAAGCUCUGCUCCCGCGAUAAGCCCAACUUCUACACUCUCUGCAAGAAGAACCGCCGCCGCCGUGGAGGCCGUGCAGGCAAACGAGGCUCCACCGCCUCUGAGGAGGAGGAGGAGGAGGAGGAGGAGGAGGAGGGCGGCGGCGUUGGGGGAGGAGUCGGAGGAGGAGGUCGCCACGGCUGCAACCAGUGUGGGAAACGGUUCAGCCACGCGUCCAGCCUGGCACGACACCAGCAGACACACAGAGCGGGGGGCGGCGGCGGAGGUGGUGGGCGGGCGAAGUCCGGACUUCCCACCACCAAAACCAAGACCUACACCUGCGCCGCCUGCAACAAGACCUUCAUGCACUCGUCCAGCUUCUCCCGCCACAAGAAGGCGCAUAUGGAGGAAGAGCAACGAGUCCACGCCGCCACCGCCGCCAAACGCCGUAAGAGAAUCUUAGACGAGACCGCUCCACUGGAGUCUGAGGACUCCGAGUGACAUGGCCCAGCUCUGGACUGGGUUCAGGACCUGGUCUGACAUGGUUCUGAAUCAGCUUUGGUUGGUUCUGGAGUGGUUUGAGACCAGUUCUGGAGAAGUUGUAAUUUGAAAAACUUCUGGACCAGGUCUCAGAUCUGGACCAGGUCUGGGAUCCUGGACAUCCAGAUGUUGGGAACUGGACCUGGUUGGUUUUUCUCUGGUGUAGAUAAACAGCAGGACGUGGAGAUCUGUUCCUGAGUGAGAGGAAAGUCUCCAAACACGGUCGCAUCCAUUUAUGGUCAUAACUGACCAAUAAGCCCCUCCCCCCGCACACACACACACACACACACUCCAUUUCCCAUCAGCCACUUGGGGAUAGAGCUGUCUCAGGCCACGCCCUCUGAUGCUCACAGCAUUAUCGGAAACACGUAAAGUAAAAGUUCGUACGGAAGUUUAUUAGUGACGACGUUUUUUUGGGUUUUUUUAUCCAGAUUUUUUUCUGACUUUGUCGGGUUUUUUUGGGUUAUUUUUAAAAUCAUUUCCAGCUUCGGUCGCCGUUGUUGAUGAACGUCCGUACGUGUGUUCAGAGCCGCGCCCCU